AUGGCAGGCAUCUUCGAGGCCCCGCGGAAUGCGGACACACUCUUCUUGGGUGGGCAGAAAAUCACCGGCGCUGAUGUCCGUGAACAAAAUGUUCUGGCAACACAGGCUAUCUCCAAUGUCAUCAAGAGCUCCUUUGGCCCCUCCGGCCUGGACAAGAUGAUGGUUGACGACAUAGGGGAUGUUACUGUGACAAACGAUGGCGCUACCAUUCUUUCUCUGUUGGAUAUUGAGCACCCCGCGGGCAAGAUUCUUGUUGAUCUCGCCCAACAACAGGAUAAGGAGGUUGGCGAUGGUACUACCUCGGUUGUUCUCAUUGCCUCUGAGCUUCUCCGGAGAGGUAACGAGCUGAUGAAGAACCGCAUACACCCUACCACAAUCAUCAACGGAUACCGACUGGCCCUGCGCGAAGCCGUCAAGUAUAUGAACGAGAAUGUUACGACUAAGGUGGACAAUAUUGGAAAGGACAGCCUGGUGAACAUUGCGAAGACUUCCAUGUCCAGCAAGAUCAUCGGUUCUGACUCCGAUUUCUUCGCGAACAUGUGUGUGGACGCAAUGCUGCAGGUCAAGUCUGUGAACCAGAGAGGCGAGGUCAAAUACCCCGUCAAGGCCGUGAACCUGCUCAAGGCCCACGGAAAGAGUGGCACCGAGUCUGUUCUUGUGAACGGUUACGCCCUGAACUGCACCGUUGCUUCCCAGGCCAUGACCACCCGGGUGACUGAUGCUAAGAUCGCCUGUCUCGACAUGAACUUGCAGAAGGAGCGCAUGAAGCUCGGUGUUCAGAUUACAGUGGAAGACCCCGAUCAAUUGGAGAAGAUCCGCGAGCGGGAGUCCGGCAUUGUUAUGGAGCGUGUUGAUAUGAUUCUGAAGUCUGGUGCCAACGUCGUCCUUACCACCAAGGGUAUUGACGACAUGGUCCUCAAGCUCUUCGUCGAGAAGGGUGCUAUGGCCGUCCGCCGCUGUAAGAAGGAGGAUCUGCGCCGUAUUGCCAAGGCCACCGGUGCCACUCUGGUCAGCACCCUUUCUGACCUCAACGGAGAUGAGAAGUUCGAGGCAUCAAACCUUGGACACGCAGAGGAGGUCGCGCAAGAGCGGAUCUCCGACGACGAGUGUAUCCUCGUCAAGGGCACUAAGGUUCAGAAUGCCGCCUCUAUCAUUCUCCGUGGUGCCAACGAGUUCAGCUUGGACGAGAUGGAGCGCUCUGUUCAUGAUUCCCUUUGCGCUAUCAAGCGAACUCUGGAGAGCGGAAGCAUUGUUCCUGGUGGUGGUGCUGUGGAGACCGCACUUCACAUUUACCUAGAGGAAUUCGCAGUCACAGUGGGCUCUCGUGAGCAACUGGCUAUCGGCGAGUUCGCCCAGUCUCUGCUUGUCAUUCCCAAGACUCUGGCAGUCAACGCAGCAAAGGACUCAUCCGAGCUCGUUGCUCAGCUUCGUGUCCGUCACGCCCUGUCACAGCGUGUGCAGGAGGGCGACGCCAAUGAGGAGGAGAAGGCCAUUGCUAAGAAGAAGACUUACCGCAACUACGGUUUGGAUCUGAUGAAGGGACGGGUUCAUGAUACCCUCAAGGCCGGUGUGCUGGAGCCCAGCAUGAGCAAGGUCAAGCAGUUGAAGAGUGCCGUGGAAGCUUGCAUAGCUAUCAUGCGCAUUGACACGAUCAUCAAGCUUGACCCCGAGCAGCCGGCGGAUGACGGCCAUGGCCACUGA